ACCUGAGGAAAGCCAAUUCAAGGGCACUGGAGUCACAUAGAGUACAAGCCUGAGUACAGAGGGACUUCACUGGGACACCAGGGCCAAACAAAGACACAGCUCGACCCUGCAUGAAAGGAUUCUACUGAGCGUGGCCUGACAAAUAUACAAAGUAAGGGUCUGCCAAUUUAUUAGAGAUUAAUAAUCAGCUCGGAGUAUUGUUGUGUUACCUACAAGUCUUUUUAUGAUUAACAGUUGUAGUGCAGGCUUCAUGUGUUUACUAUAAUCAUACCUGAGCAAGUUUUCUUUAAGUAGUGUAUUUAAAAAAAUAAAUAAAUAAAAAGUAUGGUUUAAAUAAUGAUUUUGAGGUAUAUCUUUGUUUAGUUGGUCAGUGAAAAUGAAUGCAGAUGUUUAGCUGGUAUAUUAAUUCUCACAGGGCUCCUUAAUACCUCAGAGUUAACCAUUCAGCCAUUGGUUGUACUCUGUGUUUAUAUUUUCAUGCCCAUCUGAGGUCUGUGCACAUGCUUUGCUCCCGCAUGGCUAUAUCUGGCUGUUGAACUUUGUCCCACUUAGUGACUGUUCAGUCAGAUGACAUGGAAAAAGUAAUCCUAGACCUGUCAACCUGGCUCUAAAACUAGCUGGUUUUAUAAACCAAAUAUUUUUGUUUUGAAUUUCAGAGAUCAUUGCUCUUACCAUAACUUUUCAUAGAUUUUAUAGCACUUACAUCUUUUCAAGCUGACCUCUCCAAUGCCCAUUGCAAUGAGUUACCUUUCACAGUUUUUACAAAAGUUAGAAACAAACACUCAAACUGAGAGUUAGAUCUGUGAAAUGUGUGACUAUUUUUGAAAUUGGCGUUAUUGAAAGAUAGACCUCGGACCCUGUUAUUUAGAGUUUUAGUAAAAGUCUCUUAAUUACCAAUGGAUUACAUAAUUUUUCAUGAAUAGCGCACUAGAAAUGUGGGUCUCUUGCAGUAGAACCCUGUCUUUGCAGAUCUGGUGAAAAUUAGAUGUAUUAUCCGUGAAAACAAGAGAGAAAACCUGUAUGGUAAAAAAAAAAGCACUCAAGACUGACACAAAAGUAAGAUUACAUAAUAUUUCCACUUACAAACCUGCUGACAAAACAAACAAACUUCCCUCUAAUUUCCAUGUUAGCUCUGUCCAGGGAUGGCUGAGGCCCAUCAGGCAGUGGGAUUCCAGUUCACCGUACGCCCAGAUGGUGUGGACCUUAAACUGAGCCAAGAGGUCGUCAAAAACAUCUACCUAUCAGGAGUGACAGCAUGGAAGAAGAGAGCAAUUCAAUUCAAGGUUCGACAGCCAGCCAUUCGUGUCAAGUUUUGAUUAUUAGUGUGUGUCACUCAGUAUGAUCAUGAACAAGCUUUUGAGAUGUUCAAGAGUAUCUGCAAUGACUCUGUGAUGGAGAUUAACCUUGAAAUGAUGUUGAAUUUUCUUCACAGAAUGGUGUGUUGGCUGGAGUGUAUCCUGCCAGUCCAUCCAGCUGGUUGAUAGUCGUGAUUGUCAUGAUGAGCUCCUUGUACACUCGCUUAGACCCCUCUCUAGGAAUGAUUGACACUAUCAAGGACAGCCUGCCUCACAGGUCAGAAAUCUGCUGCUGAGGUUUUAUUUACUCUUUUCAUUUUCUACUGGUGCUCCUCUAUAUUUUUCUGUUUGGUGUCAUAUGUUGCCACUUUUGUUGACAAAGGCAGUGUUGUGCCUUUUCUGAGCAGAGACUGUGUGUCAGUGCAGACCCGAGCAGUGAUAAGCUCGAUCCUGUUUGCCACUGGACUGUGGCUCUUCCUCAUCUACCUCCUGAGAUACACUCUGAAGGCUCUUCUCUCCUACCAUGGAUGGAUUUUUGAAUCCCAUGGAAAAAUGAGCAAAUCAAGCAAACUGUGGCUGGUAUGUUUGUGUUUUUUAUCUUUCAUUUAUUCUGUUUACGUCACUAAUUACUUGGUAACAUGGUGGACAUUUUCCUCUGGUGUCAUAUUUAAGGUGGAAGCUCAAAUGCUGGUUAAACACGUAACUGCUGUGUCCAUGUAAAAAUAUUUCAACUUCAAACUACAAACUGCAUGAUUUCAUCUACUGUAGCAUUUGAAAGCUGAUUGGUUAUGAAAUCAAUAUUUCACACCAUACUUUGGCAUCCUUUGGCCAUCGGGGCACGACCAGGAAGAGCAGGAUUAAAGUUGACACACAGCAGGUUGUUGGCUGAUCAAAAUGGGAGGGGUCAGAGGAUCUUUGUGCAAGCUGAUCCCUUCUCAGAGACUGAUGGAUGACAAGAUAUUAUUUAAUUCAACCCUCUUGAGUUUACUAUAUCACCAUGAGGCGACAGCUAAAUGGUAGCUGUCAACUACUCCUUGGGAAGUAUGAGCAAUGUCUGAUUGAAGUACAAUAAAUCCCAAAGACUGGCAUAAUUAAAGUGAUAUCUCCACCAAGCAAGCUGUCAGCCACUGCAGUGAUCACUGAAGUCAUAUUUACCUCAUCUCUGGAUCCUGAUGUAAAGUGGCAUCUAAACCUAGCAUUUUUGUAAACUUGAGAUUUGGUCUGAUUUUCCUCUUAAACUUUUAAUUUUUCUCCCAGUUACUGAAUGAGGAAGUCUUUAAUUGCUAAUGAUUUACCAGAAUACCAGGAUUAGUGGUGAUUUAUUUGAAACAUCAAAUUAUGCCAGCAUUUGAGCUCUCCACCCUAAGUCUGAUGCCAGAAAAAAAUGGCUGUUGUGUGAAUCUUACUGGCUGGGUUGUCAGGCUGUCAGUGCCCCUUAUAUAAAUAUAUAUUUUUGUCCUCAAUCAUCUGUAAAAGACAUGAUUGUUACUUGUUGAAUCAAAAUAAGUUCUGAUUGCUGUGUGUCACAGAGCCUGGUGAAGAUGUUCUCUGGCCGCAGACCGCUGCUCUACAGUUUCCAGGCCUCUUUACCACGACUGCCUGUGCCCAGUGUGGAUGAUACCAUUUGCAGGGUGUGUAACAUCAUAGUAUUGGCUGUGCCUGACCAAGUUCCAGUUGUGUUUUGACAUGUUUGCUGAAUUAUUCUAAAAUCCUACAGACAUUUCACACAGUUUUUUUCCCCCUUGUAUUGUUUGGGAGUAACAGGAUGCCUUUCAGUUCUUUUGUUUGUGUAUAACUGCUCUGCUGUUUCCACAUAAUAGUCCUUCACAGAACUGAAAACACACACCACGUUUCUCCCCUCAGUAUCUGGAGUCAGUCCGACCUCUGCUGGAUACUGAACAGUACAACCAAAUGGAGAUUCUGGCCAAUGACUUUAAAGACUCUAAAGCCGCCCAGCUACAGAGAUAUCUGAUACUGAAAUCUUGGUGGGAGACAAAUUAUGUAAGUAAAGCAUGUAAAUAGUGCAAUAUUUAAAAUCAACAUAAAUGUAUUAGUUCAUAUGAUUCAACAGUAAUAAUGUGACGUCUUCCAGGUGAGUGAUUGGUGGGAGGAAUACAUCUAUCUCAGGGGCAGGAGUCCUAUAAUGGUGAACAGUAACUUCUAUGUUAUGGUAAGAUUAAUGUUUUGCACAAGUGAAGUUUGUUGUGAACAAUUAAAAAAAAGAACAAAGAUGUACAAAAAUACUUUCAACUGUGUCUAUUCUUGUUGACCAUAUCUGUUUGCUCCUUGUGUUUGGUGAUCGUAAAGGACCUCCUGUAUCUGACCCCGACACACCGACAGGCAGCUCGGGCAGGAAAUGUGGUGCAUGCAAUGCUGCAGUACAGACGCAAACUGGAACGUGGCGAACAUGCACCGGUAAUGCUUUUCAUCACUUUUUAAUCACCCAAAGAGAUUGUGCUUCUUAUUACUCUCUUAAUCUAAGUUUAUGUUGAACACACUUAAAUGCUUUUCCAGCUUAGGGCUUUAGGGACUGUUCCCAUGUGUUCCACCCAAAUGGAGAGGAUGUUCAACACCACCCGCAUCCCUGGGAUUGAAACAGGUAUAAAAGCUGGAAACGUUUGUGCAGUCAAUUGAAGGGAGCGUCUCACCCUUCUGCUGCACACCCUACAUUUAAUUGUUGUCAUCCAGAUAUUGUGCAGCACCUGACAGACCGAAAACACCUGGUUGUCUACCACAAGGGCCGUUUCUUCCAGGUGUGGCUCUAUACCGGAGGGCGCCACCUCUUACCCAGUGAACUUGAGACCCAGUUCCAAAGAAUCCUCAAUGAUACAUCCGAACCCCAACCUGGAGAGCUCAAACUAGCUGCUCUGACUGCAGGAAACAGGUUAACAAUCUCCAACGAACUUGAACAGAAAACACAUUAACAUUGACCAAAAAAAAGAAAAGGGAAAGUAGUCUUGUUAAAAUCCUCUUUCAGGGUCCCAUGGGCUCAGGCUCGGAUUAAGUACUUCAACCAGGGAGCGAAUAAAGCAUCCCUAGACGCUAUUGAGUCAGCUGCCUUCUUCCUGACUCUGGAUGAUGAGUCACAGGGUUAUGACCCAGCAAAGUCCCGUUCAUUCGACAGUUACGCUAAAUCCCUGCUGCAUGGAAAAUGUUAUGACAGGUAAGCAGAGAGGUCAAGGGAAGGUCUCUAGCUCUUAGCCGCACCACUGUUUAGACUUAAAGGUUUUCCUUAUCCCCCUUUCUUCUCUCACAGAUGGUUCGACAAAUCUUUCACCUUAAUCUCUUAUCCAAACGGUAAAAUGGGGAUAAAUGCUGAGCACUCUUGGGCAGAUGCACCAAUUGUGGGACAUAUGUGGGAGGUAUGAGACGUGUACAGGUAGCGUGUUUAAAAAUUAUGAUUUUGAGUUUGGAAACAUUUUCAGCCUGUUUUUCUGUUUGUGCAGUACGUCCUUUCAACAGACUGUUUCCAUCUCGGUUACACAGAGGAGGGACACUGUAAAGGGGACGUAAACAGAGGUCUGCCAUAUCCCACUCGACUCCAGUGGCAGAUACCAAAGGAGGUACAGCGGAGCCUUACCUGAUAUUUUAUCUGUGUUUCCAUUGAAAGAUCAAUUGGCUUAUUUCUUUUUUAUCUUAGUGCCAAGAGGUCAUUGAGAAGUCCUUCAUAUCAGCCAAGCAGAUAGCUGAUGACGUGGACUUUCAUGGCUGUCUGUUCACUGAGUUUGGGAAAGGACUGAUCAAGAAGUGCAGGACCAGCCCUGAUGCCUUCAUACAGCUGGCCCUGCAGCUGGCACAAUUCAGGGUAGGGGUCCCAUCUUCUAAUACAGAGAUUAUAUCCAUCUUCUGUCUUUUGAUUGAUGAAUUGUCACAUUACACAACCACUAACAGACCUCUGCUUUACAGGACCAGGGGGUGUUCUGUCUGACGUACGAGUCCUCAAUGACCCGAAUGUUCAGGGACGGUCGGACGGAGACUGUACGCUCCUGCACCUCUGAGGCGGUUGCUUUUGUCAGAGCCAUGGAGGAUCCAAGUGCAACUGUAAGCAGCCUCCAGAAACACAAAUAAAUCAGGAAAAGACAGCACAGAAACAAAGAGGGAUCUGUUCAUUUUUCUGUUUGAAAAACUGGUGUUAGAUGUACUGCACAUUUCUUCUUUGGCUCAGUCUCUCUUGAAAAAUAUUUAAGCUUGUAAACAUGUUUGUUUGUGUUCGAAAUGCCUUAUUGCGUCAAACUUGCGUUAUCAGGCUCAGACUUGCCAAUCAGAAUGAAAGGUCGCAUUGUCCCGCUCUGGACGUGGUCAUCAAGACCCAGAGACAGAGUGUGGACGCAUGUUUGAGCCCUGGACUCUGACCGCUCUGCUGAUUUUUGAUUGACAGUUGCAUUAACAGAAAUAGCUUAACUUUAAAAUGCAGUUAUUUCACGUCACUAUUUUUCUCACCAGAUUGCUCAGAGACUUGCUCUUUUUCGGAGGGCAGCGGACAAACAUCAAAACAUGUAUCGUCUUGCCAUGACUGGUGAUGGUAUAGACCGUCACCUCUUCUGUCUCUACAUUGUGUCGAAGUACCUUGGGUUUGACUCUCCAUUUCUCGAGAAGGUCUGAUUAAAGACAGUCUCUCAUUAUUUAUUGGUUGUAGCGACACAUUUCUUCCCUGUCCUUUUCCAUGAAAAACAUGCUUUUUUUCCAGGUGCUUUCAGAGCCCUGGAAGUUGUCUACCAGUCAAACCCCUCAGCAGCAGCUCAAUCUGGUCGACAUCAAUAAGUUCCCUAAAUAUGUGGGUGCUGGUGGUGGAUUUGGCCCGGUGAGUUAAAUAACAAACCUAAAAAGACUGCUGAGUGAUAAUGUCCCAGAUAAUAAUUAAACUUUGUCUCUUGUUGAUCCCCAGGUGGCUGAUGAUGGUUAUGGUGUGUCUUAUAUCAUUGUUGGAGAAAACCUCAUUACAUUCCACAUCUCCUGCAAGUUCUCCUGCCCUGACACUGUAAGAGAACGAACCGAGCACUUAUAACAUCCGUAACAUUGUUUGUACCAUCUCAAAAAUUCUGUUUGCUGCCUUUCAUGUUUUCUGCAGGACUCGUACCGGUUUGGUCAGCACAUCUGGAAAGCCAUGCAUGAUAUCCAAGCACUUUUCAAGCUUGAGAACAACAAGAUGACUGCAGGGCAUGUGAAGAAUGGACAUGUGGAAAACGGGAAAAAACACCAAUGACAUCUACAGUGAGAAGAGUUGCUCCAAGUUAAUGAAGCCGGUCAUUUAACUUUGUCAAAAAAGGGAUAGUUGUUACCCCCUAAGUUAUUUGUAUUUAUCUACCUUUAGAGCAGGGUUAAUUUGCUGCUGAGAGAAAGAUGUGCUCUCUAAUGAUGAGUUGAUACUAAUGACUGUACAUAGAUUGUACUAUUUAAACUAUUAUCUUUAUACAUGGUCUGGAGUUUGUGAAUAUUACAUCUGUAAAUAGAUCUGCUUUAUGUAUACAAUGUUUCAAAACAUUAAUCCUGUAACAUAAACAUAUUUAUGAAUUUCAUUUUCAGUGUUUAAAAAUUUAACCUGUAUUUUGUAUGCUUAGCAUCUGCAGCUUUUGUUUGCCAAAAUCUAGACAGACAAAUCAUUUGAAAAGAAUGACUUGUAUUUGUAAAUGUGCGACAAUGAUUUUCACACAUCUGUAAAACACCAAAAGAAAAUGCAGAAACACUGUCUAUUAUAAGAGAAGUUUAUUAGAA